GGGGGGGGGAGAGGGUAAGCAGUCCCAUGGGAAAGGGAUCAUGGGGUUCUGGCAAGCAGGACAUGAGACAGCAGUGUGUCCUGGAGCACAAAGGGCCAACCGUACCCCGGGGUGCAGCAGGCCCAGCACUGCCACCAGGCAAGGGGAAGGGCUGCCCCCUCUGUGCUGUGCGGCCUCACCUCCAGCACUGCUUGCAGGUUGGCUGCCACAGUAGAGGAAGGGCAUCAGGCUAUUAGGGAGCGUCCAGAGGAGGGUUACAAAGUGGUGAAUGGUCUGGAGGGCACAGUGUGUGAGGAGCGGUUGAGGUCCCUUGAUUUGCAGAGGGGCAGUGCUGAAGUCUGGGCCCGAGGGAACGGCGUGGAGCUAGGUCAGGGAAGGGGCAGCUGGGGUAUUAGGAAAAGGUCACAGAAGGUAUGAGUUUAAAGGGCUUGAAUUUGCUGCUUGAGAUUUGAUAUAUAACCCUGCAAAAAACGUUAUUUUUGAUGAUAACCAGACUAAGUGUCAGGAAGCACGCUCAGUUUUUUCACUGUUUUAACACUUUGUAAGUACUGUAGCAUUUUGAAGUUAUACUCUAUCCUACUAGUUUUUUUGUUUUAUUAAGUGUACACUUCUUCUGCAUUUGCUUUUCUGUAGUUAGUCUUUUUCUAUUUUGUGUUGGAGUUUGACUUUUCAAGCAAGGAAAGUGUAACUUCUUGGCUGAUGAAGAUCUAGACUUUAACAUCUUCAGUAUGUAUGCUGGCCACUUGCUCCCAAGAGGAGUGAAUUUCUGCUAGAGCAGUUGUAGCAAGGCAGUGUGGAAGACAGAGACUGUUAUAUUGAGAGUAAACGAAAAGGCCUUGGCUAGCUUAGCGCACGAGCUGGGAGGAGGAUUUGGUAGUGCUAGGUGUUCCACAUAGGUAGGUACCAUGGUAAAUGGAAAGAUUGUCCAUGAUUAAUGGCGUAAAAACAGAGGAGUUAAUGAAUUAGUUUAGUCUGGAAAUGAGAAAAAGCUGUUUUUUUUAACUUGUCCAUUUUAUUACAGAGCAUAAGGUGACAGAAGUUGAAACUGCUCUGUGAGAGAGGAGGGAGUGAAUUUGUUCUGUACACUUGGGUCAUGGGAACUGCUUGCCUAGAAGGAACCCUUCAUGUCCUGCUUACUUAGCUGGCUGAAAUAACUAAGGGCAACAGCUGGGCAACUUACCACUAUCAGUUUCAUGUAACCCAUUUUUAGGAUGUUCAUCUGGGAUGCACUCGGACUGGUAUUUCUUUAGAAGACCUGUUUUGCAGUUAGGAAUUCAUCAGCUGUAACUCUUAAUUAAACAGAUUGCAUGGCAUCAUUCUUGAGAGCAUUGUGUUCAGUAUUCUCUGAGUGGUGGGGAAUAGGUGUACCUAAAUUCUCUUAAGUUCAUAGGGGGCAGAAAAAAGUCAGCUUGUCAUGUAAACUGGCUCCUGCGGUGUAUCUUCAGGCUAAGUGUUUAUAGAGAGUGGAUCUCCCAGAAGCAGCCAACAGAUAACAGCAGUCUUUGGCUCUGCUUUGGGAGACUUCAGGUCAUCCUGGGCUCAAGGUCCAGGAAGUGCCUGGUAGUCCUGUGAGAAACUUGAGGGUGCCUGCUGCUGCUAGGCAAGGAUAAAAUCAGGGGGACCACCGGAGUCUGAGCUUGAGGAGGCUCUGGAGUCCUCCAGCAAUCCACAAGGGUUUCUAAUGGGCAUAAUUGGAGUAUCUAUCUCUGCUUGGGUGGAGGCUUCUGUUCUGACAGAGCUUCUGAUGGCACAUGCUGCCCUCCAGGUCCCUGACUCCAGAGGGUGCCUAUGGCCUCUCUCUGCGGAGAGAUAGAAUCUACUGUGCAGGAGGUGUGCUAUCUUAGAAGAGCUGUGCCAUCAUAUUAGAGAUUUAUGAGAACAGGUAAAUAUGUUGUGCUGUCUCAAAGAAAAUCAAUGGGGAGUAGACUUAGCAGCAGCCAUGCUAUGGAGUGAUGCACCAGGCUGCUGAACAAGGGACGUGGGGGUGAUGUAAUCGGGAGGAAUCACGGAAUCAGCGAAAUGAUCAGCUAAAGGAAUCAGCAAGGUCACUUCUGAUGCUUGUGGGUUUAGCAAGGAAGUGCUUGUAAGGUACCACUAUAGAAAAAGUGUCCCAAGCAAUUUCUGGGUACUUAGCAUGCUGGGGUGCCCCUAAGUUCCUAUAAACCAACAAAGGUUGUAUGGGGAGCAAGCAGGAUGAGCUAUGUAUGCGUACAGUUGCAGGGCUCUGAUCUUAUUAGCUUCAAGAAGAUGUGGUGGGAUGGCUGACUGGAGUGUUGUAAUGGAAGGAUACAGACUUGAGGAGAUGAAGAGGAAGUGUUUCAUUCUGUAUUACUGACUACCUUGAGUGUGCGGAGCUCUGCCUGGGUACACAUGAGGAGCUGACCAGCAGUUUAUGGGUUAGGAUUUAAGACAAGAUGGGGCUAGGUGACAUUGUAGUGAGGGUCUACUACAGGCCACCUUAUUGGGAAGAAUGGAAGAGGGCAGAUGAGUCACUCUGCAAAAGGAUAGGAGCAGCUUCGUGUUCACAGGCCUUCAUGAGGGACUUGAGACAGCCUGAUGCCUGUUGGAGGGACAGCACAGCAUGGUAUAAGCAAUCCAAGAUAUUGCUGGAAUGUGUUGUUGGUAAGUUCCUUCUUCAUGUGAAAGAGGAGCCCAUGAGAGGAGGUGCUGUACUGGGCUUUGUUAGCAACAAGAGGGAGCUAUUGGUGAAUGUGCAGGUAAAAGGCAGCCUUGGCUGCAGUAGCUAUGAAGUGUUGGGUCUUAAAGAUGUUUAGGACAGCAAGGAGGGUGUACAGCAAGCUCACAACUGAGGACUUCAGAAAAGCUAACUGGCCUUCUCAAGGGUCUUGUGAGAGUACCAUGGGACAAAGCCGUGAAGGUAGGAGGAUCCCAAGAAAUAUGGCUGAUAUUCAAGGAUCACCUCCUUCUAGCCCAAAUGCAAUGCAUCUGGGCAGCAGUUAUCAAGUUAGAAAAGUGUAAGCUCAGAGAAAAAAUCUGGCAAAGGACAGUGAGGGCAACAGGAAGAACUUCUACAAGUACAAAAGGAGUACCGGGGAAAAAGUGAGCCCUCUUCUGAAGAAAAUAGACCUGGUUACAUAGGACAGUAAAAAUGCUGAGGUACUGAAUGCUGCUUUUGCAUCAGUCUUUACCAGCAAGGUUAUGUGUCAGGUCCCAGAGGCUGGAGGAAAAGCUGGAGCAAGAAAGAUGUACCUUUGUUGGAAGAGAAGUACUUGAGCAUUCCUCAGUCCAUGAGCCUUCAUGCAAUGCACUCACGAGUGCUGAGACUGCUGACAAAUGUGAUCACAAAGACACUUCCUACAAUUUUUGCUUGAUCAUGGCAGUGGGGAGAAAUGCCUGAAGACUAGAGUAAAGCAGGUAUCUUGCCUUGUCUUCAAGAAAAGCAAGAAGGAGGACCUGGUUGGCAUGAGCUCAGUCUUUGGAGAGGUGAGGGAACAACUAGUUCUAGGAGCUGUUUCUGUGCACAUGAAGGGGAAGAAAAAUAUCAGGAGCAGUAAGCAUGUAUUCACUAAGGGGAAGUCAUGCCUGACUCUCAUAUGGGGUAAGGUUAAUUUUCUUUGUAACAGCUCACACGGUCUGUGCUUCAGAUUUUUGAUGAAAACAAUGGUGGUAACACGCUUGAUGUUUUCAAUUGUUGUUAAGUAAUGCUUGCAGAAAGCCAGAAACUUUUCUGCCUCUCAUGCUGCCCUGCCAGCUAGGGGUGCAGAAGAAGAUAGGAGGGGACACAGCGAGGACAACUGACCCACACCGAUCGAAGGGAUGUUCCAUCCCUUAUGGUGUUAUACUCAGCCAUAAAAGCUGGGAAAAAGGAAGAAGGGGUGUUCAUAGUGGUGUUUUUUGUCUUCCCAAGAUACUGUUAAGCAUGAUGAGCCUUGCUUUCCAGGAAGUCUCUAACAUUUGCCUGUCCGUGGGAAGCAGUGAAUUAACUCCUUGUUUUGCGUUGAUUGCAUGCACUGCUUUUACUUUACAGUAGUAAACUAUCUUUAUCUCUACACAGGAGUUCAUUCUCAUUUUCUCCUCCAUCCAGCUUGGGGAGUACGAGCAAGAGGCUGUGCGGUACUUAGUGGCCCAUAGGAUGGCUGAUAAGCUUCUAUAAUGAAAUCCCUGGUAUGAUGGAUGAGGGUGGUGCAGUGGAUGCUGUCUGCCUGGACUUCAGUAAGAUCUAGAUGUUAUCCCGUAAGAUUCUCUUAGAGAAGCUGUUGAAGCAUGGGCUGGUUGUGCAGACAGUGUUUUAUGAGAAAAAUGUCAUGAUUCUGUGGAUGUCAGUGUUUACUGUGCAUCUUAAAACCUGUUUUCCCAAAUUAACAGAUCAGUUUGCUGCUGCAGUUUCUUUCCAGAAAGAAAUUUUUACUUAACUCUGCAUUGAUGACAGUGUUAGAGUCUAGAAAAUCUAGAGAGUUGGAGAUGUAAUUUGGUAGAGGCAAAGUUCAGGUUAUUACUAUUUUCAACAUCUCAUUGUGCCUUUCGUUGGAAGAUGCUGCUGACCUUUUGAACGGAAGUGACAGGCUUCUCUUUUUUGCUUGAAAAAUGAGCAGUUAUAUUUCAAGUCUGAAUGAAGCAGGUUCAGACUACUGUGUCUGACAUAACUCAGGUAGUCUGGGGAGUGCUUCUUUCUUUCUGAUGUACUAGAAGCACAGGUGUCAUAUCCUCAGUGAGUGCUAAGACUUAAGUCACUCCAGCUAGAGCUGCAAGAGGAAAUUUUAUCUUCCAUUAGCAUAUUACUGUUGAGUUGUUAUCUGUCUUAUUUUUUUUAUUUUGUGAAUUCUUUGCAGGUGAAAGGGAUCUGGCCUACAGGCUAAAUAGUGGCUGAAAGCAAAAGAACAGGCAGUCACUCAUCAGAAAUAUAUACUUUAGUGUGAGUGUUUCUUGAACAUCUACCUCUAAAAACUGAGUGGUGACUUCUGUAGCUGACUGUAUUUCUGUGCAGAUAUACGUGCAGAAAAGUGGUGCAACAGUCUAAGCAGUUCAGGAGGCUUGGACUGCAUUGAGGAAAAUAUCUUGAUCUAGGUGACAGUGCAACCAAAGGAGAAGUGUUACUGCACCUUUUGCUUACCAACACAGAUGAGUUAAUUAGAGGGGCCAGGACUAGCAGCAGCCUGGGUCACAGUGGCCCUAAUGUUAGGGCCUUUAAUAUUAGGGCCCUAAACAUGUCCUAAUAGAAUUUAUGAACUUGAGGGAUAUGGGUCAGGUGAAGACUAAAGUUAUAAUAUUGAAUUUUAGCAGACUUCAGUUGUUUGAGGAAUUAGUAAAUGGGACCUCCAGAGAUUGUUCUUAAGGAUUAAGGAGCAGAACAGAACUGGCAGCUGUGUAAGGACAUUGUUAGAGCAUGAGAACUUUCAAUUCCCACGUGUAAGAAGUCAUGCAAGGAAAACAGGAGACUGAAUAAGGAUAUCCUGGUAAAACUAAUGUCUAAGAAGGAAAUGCAUAGGCAGUGGAGCCAGGGAUAUAUAUAUACUGGGAAAACCGUAGGGACAUUGCCCAGAUAUGUAGGGAGAGGGUCGGGAAGGCUAAAGAAUAGUUGGAACUGAAUUUGUGAAGGAGUAUGAAAAAUAGUAAGAAGGGCUUCUGCAGGUACAUUGGUCAGAAAAGGAAUAUUAAAGGAAAUGUAAUCCCCACCUUGAUAAAUAAGAAAGGAGGGCUGGUGGCAGCUGACAUGGGACAUGGCUAAUGUACUCAAUUUUUUGCCUGUUUUCAGUAGUAACCCCAUUGUUCAAGUCUUUGAACCUCAAGGAAGUGACAAGGAAAACCAAGUCCGUUCCAUUGUAGAAGAUCAUUAAAAAAAGAAAAAAAAAAAAACCCAAUAAAACACCAGCUGUGAGAAGUAGAGUGUACAGGGAGUGUUUGGACUGUGAAAAGGGGAUUCCACUGCUGGUGUCUUGUAUUGUGCAUGUGAAUAUAAUCCUGUGCUCUAAACUGUGCUCAGGGUAGAAGUCUAGCAGGAAGUGGAAGUGCUCUGACUGGAGGUUGUGGGUUAACAGUUUCAAUUGGAUAAAAUGAGCUUGUAGGGAAGUCGGCAGCGACUCCUACUCCAUUGAAGCCAGCAGAAGCUGUAUGUAGUAGAAACUGGGUUUAGUGUUACUGAAGGAAACUGGAAACUGUAAAGGGACUUGCCCUUGCAUCUUGAGCGUUGACAUUCUGGAGAAGCAGGUGUUCUAAUGAUCUGUGAAAACAUUGGUGAAUAUUUGGCAUUGCUACUGUCGAAAUGAGUGAUGACACCCCUUUGGGGUGAUGGUCUGAUCUCCCAGAAGGGGUGUUGAUAAUAGAACAGCAGACAUCACUGUGGAUGGUGCUGGCUGCUAUUCAUAUGGAACAGUGAUGACAAUACUGGAUCAUCAGAGAUAAUAUAAAAGAACUCAGGAGUCAAAGAGUGCUUGUCUGAGCUCACUCACCCUUCAGCACCUUCAUCUAGCUCUUGUGAACGCAAGUGGAUUUUUAAGAUUAAUAGUUGAUGACUGGAGUUUGAUUACUGAAUUUGAUGCAAAACCUCCCAUGAGCACAGCAUUUCCAAAUGUGCUAGUACUACAGUAUAAAUGUGAAGCAAAGAGUACUGCUUGUUAUUUGGUCAUUGUCACAGCUAACACAUUUACCUUUAUUUUGUUGGCAUUGCAGUUUCUCUGUAUCUGGAGAGGUGUGCUAUACACCUCCAGCCAUGUACCAGAAGGAAGAAAGCAUAGCCCUGUUGGUUGUCGUGGGCUUGCACAAAAGGCUUUGAUGAGUGAGGACAGUGCCUUAGGUCACUUGCAGUGUGUCAGUGAUAUCAUUGCACAUGAGGUGAAGGCACUGAAAGAGAAGAUUGAAUCAGAAAGGGGGAAAGAUGCUUUUCCAGUUGCUGGUCAAAAACUAAUUUAUGCAGGUAAAAUUCUUAAUGAUGAUACUGCUCUUAAAGAAUAUAAAAUAGAUGAGAAGAACUUUGUGGUGGUUAUGGUGACAAAACCCAAAGCAGCAACUGCAGCGACUACAGCAACUCAGCAGACUAAUUCCACUACUGGCGUUAGUGUGACAACUGCAGCUCCCACACCAGUCUCUGCACCAACUCCUGCAGCUGCUCCUGUGCCAGCUCCUGAUCCUACCACUCCAGCACCAGCUGCAGUUGCUUGUGAAUCUGAACCUGUGAGUACUCCUAAAGAAGAGAAGCCAGCAGAAAAACCAGCAGAUGCACCAACUGCUGUCAGCCUGUCAUCAAAUGAGAGUACAACAGGUGAUACAUCUCGAUCAAAUCUUUUUGAGGAUGCUAUAAGUGCACUUGUGACAGGUCAGUCCUAUGAGAAUAUGGUGACUGAAAUCAUGUCCAUGGGCUAUGAACGUGAGCAAGUAAUUGCAGCGCUGAGAGCCAGCUUCAACAAUCCAGACAGAGCAGUGGAAUACCUUUUAAUGGGUAUACCUGGAGAUAAUCAGGCUGUGGCUGAACCAACUCAAGCAGCAAGCACUGGUACCUCUCAGUCUUCAGCAGUGGCAGCAGCUGUAGCAACCAUACCUACAACCGCUACUUCACUAGGAGGACAUCCUCUUGAGUUCUUGCGAAAUCAGCCUCAAUUCCAGCAGAUGAGACAAAUCAUUCAGCAAAAUCCUUCUCUGUUACCAGCAUUGCUGCAACAGAUUGGACGGGAAAAUCCUCAACUACUACAGCAAAUAAGCCAGCAUCAGGAGCAUUUUAUUCAUAUGCUGAAUGAGCCAGUUAUAGAGUCCCGACAAGGUUUAAGUGGCAGUGAUGAUAGUGCCAGCACUGGAGGAGUAGCAGAAGCUGGAAAUGGUCAUAUGAGCUACAUUCAAGUAACACCUCAGGAAAAAGAAGCUAUUGAAAGGCUAAAGGCGUUAGGAUUUCCUGAAGGACUUGUGAUACAAGCAUAUUUUGCUUGUGAGAAGAAUGAAAACUUGGCCGCCAAUUUCCUUCUACAACAGAACUUCGAUGAAGAUUGAGAGACUUUUUUUUUUUUUAAAUCUUACACCUCACACCAGUGCAUUACACUAACUUUGUUCACUGGAUUGUCUGGGAUAUUUGGGCUUAUAUUCUUAAUGCUUGGGGUAUGGUGUAUGAGGAGGGAGAAGAAAACGUGGUAAACCAAGUAAAGAAAACAGUAAGUAUAUCUGCUUUAAAUUAGCAGAUACAUCAAACCACAAAGUGUAAAAUACAACCAAAAAUGAGCUUCUGCAGACAUUUAGCUCCUCUGUAAUGUAGUUUAACAUUUUUUCUAGGUUUUCAUUCCUACUGUACUUUUUAUAGAAAGGUAGUGUAAUGCCCUGCUUCAUGUUCCUUUCUAUUAGUGUUGGAAAUAGCCUACACUACUAGACUCUGUAGUCUGUAUUUCAUGGCAACACUGGAAAGCAACUUUAUGACAUCUAAAAAAUCUGAUUAGAUAUAAACACAAAUGCCAACACAUGGGUACUUAUUUUGCUGUCUGAAAUCUGUUAAAUUAGUGCUAGAAGCACAUUAUUUUAAUGCUGGAUUUAAAAUGGAUUUAUUCAAGUGAAAACCUAUUUCAGCUAAUCUUGAUCAUUAAUUGAGAAACUGUCCCACCUGUGCCACAUGUAAUUUGGGAAGGUAUAUACACAAAGAUAAAAAUGAUCUCCUGUUCACUUCUUUUCUUUUGGGGAAAAUUCAUAAAUACCUAAUUACUGUUCACUUUGGUGUUAUGUUUCAGUAGAAGUGUUAAAAGCAAUAGACUGCAUUUUUGACUUUAUUGUAUGCGUUAUAGUGAAUUGAAUAUCCUUUUUUUGCCAGCAGACAAAACACAAGGCUCAGUUUUAUCCAUUGCAGUGAGACUGAAUCAUCAAAUCAUAUUUCACUUUCGUACUUAUCUUGGACCAACCUUUGCAAAAGAACAUAAAAAUACAGUUGUAAACGUGUGAAGAUCCUGGCAUUCUGUUGAUCUUGAGUAGAUUGUAAUAAUCAAACUAUUUCUGUUAAGUAAGGAUUUUUUUUCCUCUUAGUUGGAGGAACAGAGUUCAGAACUUGUAGUAUCCAGCAAACGAUCAAGUUUCUGCUGUCCAAAAAAAUCUGCAUGCAUACCUUCCUUUCUAUUGAAAAUAAACUCCAAUUAUAGAAUUCUUGAUUUUAAAUCCUGGUACCACUUAUGUUUAGUCAUAACAAAAUGUAGUGUUUUCCUUUUAUCAUAAGUUCUCUGUUAGAGACAAUCUUGCAGUGCUACUGGUGAAGGCAAAUUCCAGUUUUGGCUAAAAUUACUUCAUGCAUCCUUUCCUGAACACAACUUGGGGAUAUAUUUUGACUUUGUACUGUUGUACUCCAAUUAGCUGAAUUACAAUUUUAUCUCUCUAUCUAGUAACGAAGAUGUUAUUAGUAUCAUUAGUGGUACAGCAGUGAGUUGUGCCACUAAUGAUUCUAAUGACUUAGUGGUACAACCAAAGAAUGAUUUUCUGCUUUGUGUGUGUAGCAGUGGAUUCAACAACUACUUAAGCUCAGAGUAAAGUCAAGUCCUGAGAAGAGAGAGCAAGAAAGACCGAAGCAUUUGUAUUUUGUUUCUUCUUUGCUUUGUUGUAGUCUGUAAAUAAUUAUCUGCAUCAAAUAAUUAAAUGUAAUAAAGGCUUUUACUUUUUCUUUCUAUUCUUAAACAUCUGUGAUGUUUUUCCAGAUAGUGUGUAUUUUAGUUAUUCAAAUUUCAUUAUUUUCAAAUUUCUUAGGUGCGUAUUGUUUGAGUUAUCAGUGAUGCAACCAAAACUGUAUCAGUAGAAGUGAUACUGCUAAACAGAAAAUAAAUCUUUCAUAAUGUUUCAUUUUGCACAAAUUAACAUUAAUACCCAAGUCAGCCAGUAGGUUUUAACUAAGCAGGAAUAUCAGUAUAUUUAUGGACUUUGAGAGAUUGAUUGUAAUGAUGUAACACUCUGCACGAAAAAAAAGGGGAUAAUUGUUAUAUGUAAAAGGAGCAGCAGUCAGGUGCUUGAGAAAUGCCAAACUGAUGCAAGUACUUCCUGAAUGUACUCUACUACAUAGCUGAUAUCUAAAUAAAAACAAAAGCCUUUA